AUGUCGUCCCUUGCGCGCUUGGUGCUUGAUAAGGCUGCUCUCAGCGGCCUGAAGGUUGCCAUAUGGGACGGGGCCAGCUUGUCCUAUCAGGAUGGGAUUAUUGAAGAGUACCACGCCGCCGGGGGCUGCUACGUGGUCGUCGGCGCUGCAGAGCGCUUUGCAGUCCAGUUCCACCAAUUUGUGAUUGAGGAGGAGGGCGAGGACCUGGUGCUCAAGGUCACGCAGUGCUCGCGCGCGCAGCUGCCGCCCGGCUUCUCGCCCGACCUGGACGGCGACGACCCGUCGGCAGAGCAGCAGCAGCAGCAGCAGCAGCAGCAGCAGCAGCAGCAGCAGCAGCAGCAGCAGCAGCAGCAGCAGGGGCCGGGCAGCACAGCGGGCGCCCACGAUGAUGCGGCAGCCAAUGCCUUGGCGGCGGUGGGGCCUGUGGUGGCGGCGGAGGCAGCUGGGCUGCAGGCUGCCCAGGACGAGGCUGGUGAUGCGGCGAUCGUGGCCGCGGCGCGGCAGCAGGCCAAGGCGCAAGGCCUGCCGUCGCCGGGCGCCAGCCGCCAGAGCAGCGUCGGCGUCGCGCCCGGCGAGACGGGGGUGUCCCCAUACAUAAGCGCCCAGCCGUCCGACGCGUCCGAGCAGCUGGCCGGCUUCAUCGGAGCCCAUUUUUCAACCUCGGACGAGGGUUUCGAGGCAUUGGUGCCAAUCACGUCGUCCAACGGCCGCGCGCCGUCUGGGGCCGCUGGCGCCGGCGGCCCCUCGCGGCUCGGUGCCGGCGCCACCCCGCGGGUGCCCUCGCUCGGCGGGGCCGGCGGCGGCAGCGGCGUGAGGAUCAGCAGCAGCGGCGCGGUCGGGGUGCGGCGCCUGAGCAGCGUCGGCUCGGCGCGCGAGCUCGCGGCGGCGGCCUCCGGCGCGCCGCCCACCGUGCUGGCGGCGGCAGAGGACGGAGGGGACCAGCAGUUGAGGACCACCGCUGCAGGCAGCCCGGAGCAGCGGCGCGGCUCGUGGCCGCACGAAGCAGAGGGGUCGCACGCCAAUAGCAACGAUGCGGCUUGGGAUGCUGCGGGUGACUUCUGGGGGACGCCGGUGAAGGGCGAGGAGCCGCCCGUGGACGGGGGCGCAGCGGCUCACGAAUCGCCGGCUGCUGCACCGACGAGGGGGGUAGCCGGCUUUGAGGAGAUCUCGCGGAUGAUCUCUGGAAGUGGAGCAGACGCACAGAAGCAACAGCAGCAGCAGCAGCAGCAGCAGCAGCAGCAGCAGCAGCAGCAGCAGCAGCAGCAGCAGCAGCAGCACCAUCCGUCGGUCGUGCGCCAGCUGCCGAUCGCCGCCGCUGUCGCCGAGGCGGAGGAUGCUGCCGCGGCCGCCGCCGCCGCCGCGGCCAGCGGCAGCUUCACCAUUGGCGUGGCGGUGGCCGCUGGUGCUGGCGACGAGGGCCCGCAGGAUGCAGGCCCGCGGCCGCCAUCGGGGCGCAGCAGCCGCCGCGGGAGCCGCACGACGCUUGAUCAGGAGCUCUCCACUGACGAAGGCAUGAUGGUGUCGAUCCCGCAGCCCCUCAGCAGCCGCCGCGCCAGUCGCACCUCCGCGCGCAGCCUGCCGCCUGGCGCCGCAGCGCAGGGGACCACUGAGGAGGCGGCGCAGGCCGCAGGCUCUGGCAGCACAGGCGGCGACGGGGCCGCCGCAGGCGCGGGCGCGGGCGCGAGGCGGUUGAGCAGGCAGGCAUCAGCGCGGGCCAGCGGCGGAGGGGACCAGGGGCCCGGCGGCGGCGGCGGCGGCGCGGGCGAGGCGUAUGUGCAGGGCUUGGCGCUGCACGGGCCGGCCAGCAGGCGGACCAGUCGCACGCUCUCAGGCCGCCUCCCCCCUGACCAGGAGCCCGCGGCCACCAUGGCCACGCUGGAGGAAAGCGACCCGGACGCCCCUCCGCGUUCGCAGCCGGGGCCACACGGCACCAUCACGAGCCGCCGUGGCAGCCUCGAGCGCGGCGGCGGCGGCGGCGGUGGGGUGGCGCGGUCGGGGCGGGGGACGCCGGACAGCGACGGGUUUGGGUACAGCCGAUUCGAGGAGGAUGCGCCAGAGCCCAUCCCGCCGCCGCAGCAGAACCUCGUAGCGGAUUGCUGA